GGGGAAGUAGGGGAGUGAGUCAGACAGAGAAAGAGAGAAAACGGAUAUCAGGAUGUGGUGGAGUGUCUUGUUGGUGUGCACUUACGUUGUGGUGACUCAAGGUCAGUUCCCACGCCAAUGUGUGACACCUGAGGGACUCCGCAGUGGCACCUGCUGUCCAUCACCCACCAACCGAGCCAAUGAUGAGUGUGGAUUUAGCACUGGACGGGGAAGAUGUAUGCCGGUGGCUGUUGAUGGCCGUCCACAUGGGCCUCAAUACCCACACAGUGGAUGGGAUGACCGAGAAAGAUGGCCGCAGCGCUUCUUUAACAGAACCUGUCGGUGUAAUGACAAUUUUAGUGGAUACCACUGUGGACGAUGCAAACAUGGACUGACUGGCCCUAACUGUGACCGGAGAAUCAACGUAGUGCGUCGUAACAUCAUGCAGAUGUCUCCCGAGGAGAAGCGGGCAUUUGUUAGAGCUCUGGACCGAGCUAAGCGGACCAUCCACCCCGAUCUCGUCAUCUGCACACGACGCUAUGAGGAGAUCUUCAGCACGGAUGGAAACAGCGUUCAGUUUGAGAACAUCACCAUCUAUAACUUCUUCGUCUGGACUCAUUAUUACUCUGUUGGGAAGACUUACAUGGGGCGUGGGCAGGACAGCUUCGGAGGAGUGGACUUCUCUCAUGAAGGCCCUGGAUUCCUCACUUGGCACCGUUUUCACCUGCUGCAGUUGGAGAGAGACAUGCAGGACAUGCUUGGGGACCCAACAUUUGCUCUGCCAUACUGGAACUUUGCCACUGGAGGCAACGAGUGUGAUAUCUGUACGGAUGACCUGCUAGGAGCCAGGAGCAGUUUUGAUAUGAAUGGCAUCAGCUCCAACUCUGUGUUCUCCCAGUGGAGAGUGCUUUGUGAGAGUGUGGAGGAGUAUGAGAAACUAGGGACCAUCUGCAACAGUACAGAGAGUGGGCCAAUCAGACGGAACCCUGCCGGUAACGUGGCUAGGCCAAUGGUUCAGAAACUACCGGAACCUCAAGAUAUCAUUGACUGCCUGGACCUGAACACAUUUGAUACACCUCCAUAUUACUCCACCUCCUCCAGGAGCUUCAGAAACACUAUUGAAGGUUACAGUGCCCCCCAGGGGGAGUAUGACCCAGUGGUGCGGAGUCUACACAACCUGGCUCACCUGUUCCUAAACGGGACAGGCGGUCAGACCCAUCUUUCCCCCAACGACCCUAUCUUCGUCCUGCUGCACACUUUCACUGAUGCCAUCUUUGAUGAGUGGCUCCAGAGACACAGUCCUGGCACAGCGGUGUACCCUGAAGAGAACGCUCCCAUUGGUCACAACCGGAACUUCAACAUGGUUCCUUUCUGGCCACCAAUCACAAAUGCAGAAAUGUUCGUAUCUGCUCCUGAGGCUCUGGGAUACACCUAUGAGGUCGAAUGGCCAACUCGGCCUUUUACACUGUCCGAGAUCCUUACCAUAGCCAUUGUUGUGGUGGUGCUGGUGGUGAUUGUGGUCGGUGGAGUCAUCGCAUGUGUUGUGCGGGCGUAUAGCUCACCUGAUGGGUUGGAACCACUGCUCGGACAUCACUAUCGUCGCUACUCAGAAGAGGAACGGCUAGUGGGACAGUCCAAGUCUGUAAUCUGAGAAAGAAUUGCACUGUAUGCUGUUAAUGUAUUUUAUAUUUCCACCCGAGCUCUUAAAAAUAAAGGUGCCAAAAAGCUAUUUGUGGAGCAAUGCCAUGGAAAAACCAACCUUUUGUUUCCCUAAAGAACUUUUUUUAAAGCUCUUUAAGGAUUUUGUAAAUGAGACGUGUGGAGUGUAAAGAGCCUUUUUAAAGCUCCAUAUAAUGUGAAAGUCCUAUACCUACUGAAAAAGUUUUUCCUAGAUCUAAGCUGAGAACGUAUUAGGAACCUGUAUUUUUAAGAGUGCAGUGUUUAGCAGAGUUCGGAGCCACAAGAGG